UUUUGCUUUCAAACUCAAUUGCUGUCAAGAUGACGAAGGCGUCGCUUAUAUUAGUCCUAUUCCUCUCUUUUUCACUAUGUUUGGUUGAGAGCACCAUUAUUAUAGGUACAAUUACGAUUGUUAGAUUCCUAUUAAACUUUUAUGUGAACAUACAAAGUUUCCUGGACAUAGUACGCGGAUGCGGCACAAUUCUAUCAGUGCCCUUUCGUGGGAUCAUUGGCCAUAUGCAAAAUGUAGUUAAUAUUUCGCUCAAAGUGCUCAAUGUGUGUCCUGCGCCCCUCAUAAACGAUGGUAUUGCUGGACAGUUUUCUAUCGGUCGACCUGGACUUGCUACUGGCGGUCAAUCUGGAGUUCUAACUAUAUCUCAGCCUGGAGUUGAUCUUGGCACUCAGCCUGGACUUCAAGCUGUCUCUCAUACUGAACAUCAACUGGUCUCUCAUCAUGGCGUUCUUCCUGGUGGUCAGCCUGGAGUUCAAACUAUCUCUCAAUCUGGAACUCUAACUGUCUCUCAUCAUGGAACUGUUCCAGCCUCUCAGCCUGCAGUUAUUACUAUAUCCCAACCUGGCUCUCAACCUGGAGUUCUUACUGUCUCUCAACCUGGGCUUCUAGCUGUCCCUAAACCUCCCCCAGGACCUUUAGGUGAAUCUCUACCGGGACUUCUUAUUGGCUCGCGACCACGAGAGAUUGCUCUAGGGCUUGCUGCAAGGGUUGGUGCAAAGGUUAAAGGAGGGCUUGGUGGUAGAGCUAGCAUUGUUUUUGGUCGCCGAAGACGUCGUCGUAGUCUUGUAAAUACUGAGGCCAAGUUUUUGAACGGUGAUAAGAUUAGUCCUCGUACUUGUCCUACUCUCUCUGUCGGCAACGUUGUUGGCACACCUUCAGUUGAGUGCAUCAAAAGCGUGUCUCAAUAUUUCCCGUCGAUUGUCCAGGCAAUUAUCAAGGCUGCUGUCGCCAUUGUGCUGCCUCCGAGUCCUAUAGGGUCGCAAUGCGAGCUGGAUAAUCGGCAAGUGCUCUUGAAAAUAUUGACUGAGGCAAAGUCAUGCAUGAAACCGUUUAAUUUACUGGGCCGCCAAUAAUAUGCAUAUGCAGCUAAAGGGGAAACCCAAUAAAAAUUGAAUUAAGUCUCGAACUUUCUGUUUUAUAGUACUAGUUUAACUUUUCGUAUAGCGCAACACAUUCUGGUUGGCUCUAUUUUAAUUAAGGCACGGUAAUUAAACUUCACAAUUUUUUA